GCUGGCCCUGGCCGCCAGCCUCCGGCCGCGACGCGCAGGAUUGGGGACACUGUCAUUUUGCUGACGCCCUCGCAGGAUCAGCGUUGCGACCACUCCCAAGACAAGUGCAGGUUGGGGAAGGCGCCCGGUGAGCCUCCCGGGCCUGGGUAGCAGAGCGCAGUGGAGAAGCGAUCCCAGCCGGGCGGCGAGUGACAGACAUAGGACAGCGCCCGCGCGUUCCAGAUCCCAGUUACCGACCGACUGAUCAGCCUGGGUUUGUCACUCUUUGACUGCAGAUUGAUCUCUCCUCCAUAGCAUGGAGCUCAGUACCUGCUUCACAUAACACACUAAUAAACUUCAGUAAGGGCUACCCGACGAGGAGAUGAGUGGGAUGUCCCAGUCCAGUGCACAAAGAUGAGGACCCACACCCAGACAGCAUGAAGUGAUGCCCACCCACCCUGUGUAGAAUGACUGCCCUGAGAGGGUGGUUCCCCAGACUCUGGCAGGGCUGCUGAACCUCAGUCUGCAAGUCGUGGAGAGCAGGACUCUCCCCUGCCUUCCAGUUCCACCAUGAGGCUCCUCGUGGCUGUCCUCUUGCUAUCUUGGGCGGCUGGUACCACUGCAGCAGUGCCGGUGGUACCCUGGCGCGUGCCCUGCCCUCUUCAGUGUGCCUGCCAGAUCCGGCCCUGGUACACACCCCGCUCAUCCUACCGUGAAGCAACCACUGUAGACUGCAAUGACCUCUUCCUGACGGCAGUGCCCCCAAGGCUCCCUGCAGGGACACAGACCCUGCUGCUGCAGAGUAACAGCAUCAGCCGGAUAGACCAGACCGAGCUUGCCUACUUGGUCAAUCUCACGGAGCUGGACCUGUCCCAGAACAGCUUCUCAGAUGCCCGAGACUGUGAUUUCCAAGCCUUGCCUCAGCUGCUAAGCCUACAUCUAGAAGAGAACCAGCUGAGCCGGUUGGAGGAUCACAGCUUUGCUGGGCUGACCAGCCUACAGGAACUCUAUCUCAACCAUAACCAGCUGUGCCGCAUCUCCCCCAGGGCCUUUGCAGGGCUCAGCAACUUGCUGCGACUGCAUCUCAAUUCCAACCUGCUUAGGACCAUUGACAGCCGCUGGUUCGAGAUGCUGCCCAACUUGGAAAUCCUCAUGAUUGGUGGCAACAAGGUGGAUGCCAUCUUGGACAUGAACUUCAGGCCCCUGGCUAACUUGCGCAGCCUGGUGCUGGCAGGCAUGAGCUUGCGGGAGAUCUCAGACUAUGCUCUGGAGGGACUGCAAAGCCUGGAGAGCCUCUCUUUCUAUGACAAUCGGCUAGCCCAGGUGCCCAAGCGGGCAUUGGAGCAGGUGCCUGGGCUCAAGUUCCUAGACCUGAACAAAAACCCACUGCAGCGGGUAGGGCCAGGAGACUUUGCCAACAUGCUGCACCUCAAGGAACUAGGACUGAAUAACAUGGAGGAGCUGGUCUCCAUUGACAAGUUUGCUCUGGUAAAUCUCCCUGAGCUGACCAAGCUAGACAUCACCAAUAACCCACGGCUUUCUUUCAUCCACCCCCGCGCCUUUCAUCACCUGCCCCAGAUGGAGACUCUCAUGCUCAACAACAACGCUCUCAGUGCCUUGCACCAGCAGACAGUGGAGUCUCUGCCCAACCUACAGGAGGUGGGGCUCCACGGCAACCCCAUCCGUUGUGACUGUGUCAUCCGUUGGGCCAACGCCACAGGCACCCACGUCCGUUUCAUCGAACCACAGUCCACCCUGUGUGCUGAGCCUCCAGACCUCCAGCGCCGCCCAGUCCGGGAGGUGCCCUUCCGGGAGAUGACAGACCACUGCCUGCCCCUCAUCUCUCCCCGAAGCUUCCCCUCCAGCCUGCAGGUAGCUAGUGGAGAGAACAUGGUACUUCACUGUCGGGCACUGGCUGAACCAGAGCCUGAGAUCUACUGGGUCACACCAGCUGGAGUUCGACUGACACCUGCUCGCUCAGGCAGGAGGUACCGGGUGUUCCCUGAGGGGACCCUAGAGUUGCGGAGGGUGACAGCGGAAGAGGCAGGCUUAUACACCUGUGUGGCCCAGAACCUGGUAGGGGCUGACACUAAGACAGUGAGUGUUGUGGUUGGCCACGCUCCCUUCCAGCCAGGCAAGGACAAAGGACCAGGCCUGAAGCUCCAUGUGCAGGAGACACACCCAUAUCACAUCCUGCUGUUUUGGGCGCCCCCUCCCAAUAUAGUCUCCACCAACCUCACCUGGUCUAGCGCCUCCUCCCUCCGGGACCAUGAAACUACUGCUUUGGCUCGACUGCCGCGGGGCACCCACCGCUACAACAUUACCCGCCUCCUUCCGGCCACACAGUACUGGGCCUGCCUGCAAGUGGCCUUUGCUGAUGCCCACACCCAGUUGGCAUGUGUUUGGGCCAGGACUAAAGAGGCCUCUCCUUGCCACAGAGCCCUGGGGGACCGGCCCGGGCUCAUAGCCGUCCUGGCUUUUGCCGUCCUCCUGCUGGCAGCUGGGCUUGCAGCCCACCUUGGCAGAGGCCAGUCCAAGCAGGGGGUGAGUGAAAAGCCUCUCCUUCCGGUCUGGGCUUUCUGGGGCUGGAGCGCCCCCUCUGUCCGAGUAGUGUCUGCACCCCUUGUCCUGCCCUGGAAUCCAGGGAGGAAGCAGCCCAUGUCAGCUGGGGAGACAGUGCCACCACCAUUGUCUCAACAUUGCUGAAGCUCCGCCAGGUCUCAGCAGUAGAGAAAUAACUAGGACAACGCUACACUAAACGGGACGUGAUCUGGGCCAGAUGCCUGCCAGGAACGUGGCAUUGAUUGAUCCACGUGCUUGAGGCCUGGCAGCUUGACCAAGAAAGAUGGGGUUCUGCAGCUCCUGGGGAUGCUCUCUCAGCCCCUAAACAGUUGCUGUUGCCUUCUGGGGGUCCUCAGCUGCGAUUCUGAGGAGUGUGUCCAAGGAACAGGAAGGACUCUGCCUAGAGCCUCCUACCGCCCCAGAGGCUUCUGGGCCUCAGCUUGGCUGUCCCCUGCCUGUGUCCCUAGGCCCUUGGCCCACAGGAAAUGUCCCCUUCUCUUCUCUUUCUUUGUACAGUCUCAGUUGCUUGCUCAUCCCCCUCCUGGGCAAGGGCUGAAAGAGGCUUCUCCUACUGUCUUGGGAGCCCGCCUCAAAAGUGGGAGUGUCCCCAGCUGGAUCUGAAGGAUAUUUGGGGAGAGAGGUAUCCAGGGAUGCCUCAUCUCAUAGCCUGGGCUCUGAAGUUGACUUUCUAUAGGCAGUUUUGUAUCUUUGUGGAGAAAUGUGUCACCUGUCCCCAACCCAAUUCACUCUUUUCUCCUGUUUUGUAAAAAAUAAAAAUAAAC